AUGGAUAAUGCUCAAGUAGUUUUUAUGCAAGGUGAUAUACAACUGCAAAGCUUAAUUGGUUUCAUGAUUCUUAUUGAUAAUGAAGAUGUCUAUUUGAAUGUGGAUAUGAUUCAGAAUCAUACUUCUCGUUCUAAGUAUGGUUGUACCAGUAGUUCUGGUUCUAAGUCUGGUUGUAGCAGUAGUUCUGGUUCUGGUUCUUGUUCUAAGUCUGCUUGUGUAACUGAAAGUCCUAAGAUGGUAAGGGUGAUAGAUCAUGAUGCAGACAAGGGGAAGACUCUUAUUAUUGAUGAAUGGGUUUAUGUAUUUGACAAGAUUGGUAGAGAAUUUAUGGGUGGUGCUAAAGUUGUUAGGAUUGCUCUCGAUAAGUACAAGAUGGCUACUGGUCACAAGAUUGUUAUUCUUAAAAAUGACACGACUCGUUUUACUGCAAAAUGCGAAGAAGAUGGUUAUGGUUGGAGGAUUUACUUUGGGCCUGUGAAUGGUGAUACUUCUCGGUUCGUGCUGAAAGAUUGUAAUGCUCACAGGUUGAAGAGUCCUGCAGCGACAACCAAGUUAGUCAAGCAUUUGAUCGCUGACAAUAUACAGGGUGAUCCUAGCUUAAAACCCAGACAGAUCAUGUCACUUUUUAAGAAAACUUAUGGGUCCAAUAUUAAGUAUCACCAUGCCCGUAGAGGGAAAGAAGCUGUAUUUGAAGAACAGUAUGGCGAUGACGAGAAUUCUUAUAGCGAUUUAACUUGGUAUGUCAAAGCAAUUGAAGAAACUAAUCCCUAUAGCUAUGUGAAGUUUGACGUUGAGGAUGGAACCAAUAGAUUUCAGAGGAUAUUCAUUUGUUUCGUUGCUUGCAAGCAUAGCUAUAGGUAUCUCAGGCCCAUGAUUUACUUGGACGCUACUUUCCUUACUGGUAGAUACAGGGGUACUUUGAUGGCUGCGACAUGUAUCAAUGGAAACAAUGGUUUUUACCCAUUUUCUUUUGCUAUUGUUUCUACUGAAAACAAAGAUAAUUGGUUUUGGUUUCUGGAGAAUCUUCAACAAGUUGUCGAUGGUCGUCAGAUUGUUUUCCUUAGUGAUCGUGGAGAAGGACUUUUGCAGAGCAUUCCAAAAUAUUUUCCUAAUUCACAUCACAGUUAUUGCUUUUACCACAUCAAAUGCAAUCUCCCCAUAGGAUCAGGUGAUGCGAAUUCGAAGCAUGUUAUUGAUUUGUUUUACAAAGCUUCCUACUCUUACACACCAGCGAACUUUGAAGAAUAUUUGCGGGGCAUGCAUGAAUUUGGAUGUGGACAUGUUGAUAACUAUAUCAGGACUAUUCCAAAGGAGAAAUGGGCAAAUGCAUUUUUCCCUGUAUGCAGAUAUGGUGCUCACUCUUUAACUCUUGCCGAGUCCUUCAACAACUGGGUUCUUACUUUCAAAAAGUUGCCUGCUUUUGCUCUUCUCGAUGCGAUACGUUUGAAGGUUAUGGAGAAGAUGUCUGAGAGAAGGAUAGAAGGUCUAGAAAAUUUCAACACUAGGCUCACUCCUGAAUAUGAGGCUUUACUAAAGGAAAACAUCGACAUUGGUCGUACUUGGACUUUUGUUCAAUCCAUGGAAAGAUUGACAUACCAGGAUAUCAUCUUUCCAAUCCCCAAUUAUGAAAAGCCACAGGCUUAUGAUCCUAGUGAUAGGGUUAUUGUUCCUAUUCCCGUUCCUCCACCCGGUAGACGAAGAACACAACGUAUCAAGAAUGCUUAUGAGAAGCAAAAUAGGCCUAUGAUGUGCACAAAGUGCUUCAACCUUGGUCACCAUAACAGAGCUACCUGCCCCACGAUUUGA